ACAGACACAGACACAGACACAGACACACAGACACAUACAUACAUACAUACAUGAGAUAAACCAGGCUGUUUCUCUUCUGUUAUUUUCUUUUGCUGUGGAUACCCUCAUCAGUGUGUUGUUUAUUGCUGUGCGUGCUGUCUGCCUUACUCUCGAAGUUCAUGCAGCCUGUGAAAAAAACACCCGAAGUCUAAAAGCAACGGGGAGCCGCGUUGGUGCGCUUCGUUUUUGACGCCCCCCAUCUUUUUCAGCCUUGAGCACGCAUUUAUUGCACCUCCUCCCUGCAAUAUUUCUAUACCUCUCGACCCUCGACACACGGAUAAAUUCAGAUACUCAUCUGCCUGGUAGUUUUUAUUUUACACCUUCAAUACCAACAACCACUUAGUUCCGGCUUUUAGUUUGCUCAGCGUUCUUUUCGUUUCUAUCCUUCGCUUAAGCCUCCCGCUCCUACUAUUUGGUAACCGAGAUUCGAAGAGUCUACUGAAAAUUCCGACGUAUUCAACAUGAGCUCCUGGCUCAACAAGUUGCAGGGCCAACCCGACAGCUACGAUAAGAAAUCACAAUAUCGAUUCGGGAGAACCUUGGGUGCUGGCACCUAUGGCAUUGUUCGUGAGGCGGACUGCCCGACUGGAAAAGUCGCUGUGAAGAUCAUUCUGAAGAAGAAUGUAAAGGGCAACGAGCAGAUGGUAUACGAUGAGCUGGAUAUGUUGCAGCGCUUGCACCACCCACAUAUCGUUAGAUUCCACGAUUGGUUCGAGUCUAGGGACAAAUACUAUAUCGUAACACAACUGGCAACUGGAGGUGAAUUAUUCGACAGAAUCUGUGAAUAUGGAAAGUUCACGGAGAAGGAUGCGUCCCAAACCAUCAAACAAGUUCUUGAGGCGGUGAACUAUUUGCAUGAACGCCAUGUUGUGCAUCGAGAUCUCAAACCCGAAAACCUCCUUUACCUUACCCCUGCAGCUGAUUCACCCCUAGUCCUCGCUGACUUCGGCAUUGCGAAAAUGCUCGACAACCCUAAAGAGGUUCUUACAACCAUGGCAGGCUCCUUCGGCUACGCAGCCCCAGAAGUUAUGCUCAAGAAGGGCCACGGGAAGGCCGUCGACAUGUGGUCCAUGGGAGUCAUCACCUACACCCUUCUGUGCGGUUACUCCCCGUUCCGAUCCGAAAGCCUGCAAGACUUGAUAGACGAGUGCCAGAACGGCCGCAUAGUGUUCCACGAACGAUAUUGGCGCGACGUUUCUAAGGACGCUAAGGACUUUAUCAUGGGCCUCCUCGAGCCCGAGCCGAGCAAGCGAGCCACCAGCGAACAAUCUCUGUCCCACCCCUGGCUCAAGGGCGAAUCCGCCAGCGACCAUAACUUGCUACCUGAGCUUAAGGCGUACAUGGCCAAGGCGCGUCUGAAGCGCGGUAUCGAGAUCAUCAAGCUUGCGAACCGCAUCGAGGCGCUGAGGAUGCAGGAGGAAGACGAGGAGGAUAUUCCGAGCAGUGUGGAUGCGCCUGCCGAUUCCUCUGCGACGGCCGCGGAUAAGGAGGGUGUAGGACAGGCCAACAAGCCAUCUGAGGCUGGUGCUGCUAGUGGUGUUGGUGGCGAUGGUGCAGGAGCAGCAACACUCGCCAAUGCAGCCCCCGCAGGUACACAAGGUGCCCCAACUGACAGGACGAAGAAGAGGAGUCUAAGUAGGAUAGCGCGCGGGCAGAUAUUCCGGGAAGUGGUGCUUGCUAAGGUGCGGGAAAUGAAGGAGGCGGAGCAAAAGGAGCAGGUUGAGCGGGAGGCCAAGGUGAAGGCUGGGUUUAUUUGAAUGAGUUUUGUUUAGGGUUCAAAAAGUAAGGGGGAUGGGGAAAGGAAGCAAUAAUGAUUUUUCCCUUUCCUUUUUAUAUUAAAAUUAUAUACGGCCUCCCUGAAGUGAAUUUCCUGACUUCCUUUCUUUAUUCUUUCGCGGUUAGUUUUCUUUUAUUUCAUCUUAAUCUCUGAUCCUACAAAGAAGAAAAGAGUAAUUGGCUGUCGCUUGAUUCGGGAGAACCAACACCCGUAUCCCCCCCUUUUUAGUUUUCGUUUUUGAGUUUUUUGAUUUCUUUUGAUUUCUUUUCUUUUUGGUUUAUUGACUCUAUUCCCUUCUAUUUAUUCUAUUUUUCUUUCAUAUCUUUCAUUUCCUAUUCACCAUGCGUUGUUUUAUUUCAAAACUGCUCAAAAAAAGCCUCAGUUUUCUUCUCUCUCGCUUCUCCCCCUCUUUUUCUCCCCACCCACCCCGACUUCAUUAAAAUAUCUAGGUCGUUCCAAUAUGUUACCUCUGUCCUUUCCCCCUUUCCCCCUUUUCGUUUCCCUUUUCUAAUUUAAAAACCUCCCAUUACUCCUAUCACCCGUCAGCAGAUAGGUAGAUGUUUUAAGUUUAUUUAUUUAUUUAGUAUUUUAUUUAUAACUAUCUUUAUUUUGCUUGUUUAGGCCAACAAAGACUUAUUAUUACCACAGCAGGUUUUAGCAAAUUGGGGUUUAGUAUUUAUUUAUAGUAUUCGGAGGUAUGGUUAAAAUUAAAAAAGAGGACGAAGAAAGAGUGACGAGAACACAAUUCUGAAAUAUCAGAAUGGUGUGAGGACAAACAGAGAUGAAGAAAAGAAAUGCCCAGCAAAUAAUGAAAGAGAGUCAGUCAGUCGUAUAUGAUAUGUCCGUCACAGCCAGGAACUCGUAUAAUUGAAGAAAAAAAAAAAGAAGAAAAAUAUUGGAGCAAAAGAACUUAAGAAAAGGAGCAAUUUAAAAUAUAAAACAGAACUCCACAUAUAAUCAAUCAAUCCCACCGUCCAUGGCCAUAUAUAGUUCCUCACACACUGAAACAUAACAAAGCAUAAUGAAUAAUAUUACAUACCCUGACCCGACCCGACCCGACCAAACCCGACCCCAUUCUCAUCCUCAUCAUCGAACGUGACCACUCCCAUUCCCAUAAAGCUCUGCCAACGCCUCAUUACACACGCGCUCGUAAUAUUCCGAGCCCUUCCAGCCGCGUUUCUUCGACCGGAGGCCAACCGUCGUCCACCCGUCGGCUUUUAGGCGGGCAAUGCGCUGCUGGCGCGUUUCGUCGGUGCUUGAUGAUGAUGAUGAUGAUGAUGAUGAUGAUGAUGAUGGCGGUGAUGUGGAGGAGGAGGAGGAUGAGGAGGAGGAAGAAGAGCAGGAGAAGGAGGAGGGUGGUGGUGAUGUGUUUUUUCCAUUGCCGUUGUAGGAGCUGCCGGUGGUGGCAGUGGAAGUGGAAGCGGAGUUGGUACUCUGUGUGGUGGUCGUGGCGGUGCCAUACCGGCCAUUGUCAUAUUUAUCAUGGUUGUCGUGGUUGUAGAAUGGGUCAUUGGCGAUGACGUUCUCGUCGUCAUAUGUCGGCGUGAAGCUCCAGAAGGAGGCGAGGCGGCUAUUCUUCUUCGCGUUGUGGGCGCGCUGCAGGUCCAGGGUCCGGGAUAUCAGUGUGCAGAUGGAAUUUAUGUUCGCGUCGAGUUGGGUGCAGAGGGAGGUGAUGAGCGGGAUGAGCGGGGAGUCUUGCGGGAGGGGGAAUAUGGAGUUCGCGCUGGCUUGCGGUUGGUGGAUGAUGGUACUGUUUCUGCCUGUGCGUCUGGGGCCGCACGUGGGAGGAGAAGCGGUGGAAAAUCCAAUGGAGUGUCUGUAGAACUGUGGAGCGAGGGGUCGAAAUAGCGGCACGGUUGAUACCGUCUGUGGCUCAUCAUGGGUGGUGGUUUUUGCAGCGCUGGGGAGCGGAGUGUGAUUGGCCUCUGGCGGAAGCUCGGGUAGUGGGCGCGUUGGGGGAGGUAAAGACGGCGGGUCGUAUUCUAUUAAUUGAUCUUGGUAAUAGCCAUAGCCAUUAUGGCAGACUUUGUGAAUGCGAAGUGGUAACGGCAUGAAUUCUCUAUUUCCUGGCGGUCCCUGACGUGGCACCAUAGUGGACGGGCGAGGAGAAGUAGAUUGCUGAGCUGGCGCCGUUGACGGAGAAUGAUGGUAGCUAGUUCCGUUUUCAACAAGUGUAGGUGCAUCGCGAUAGGUUUUUGUAGGUGAUACUACGGGAUAUGUUUUCCUCUUGUCGUUCCUCAACACGUGUUCGCGACUCCUGUUGUUGAGUUUCCGCCGUUGCUGUUGUGGUGGCGGGUGUUGUUUUUUCUCAACGGGCCCUGGUAGAGCUACUGUGAGGGAGGAUUUGCAUGCAGUGAAGUUAUCUCUGGCUAAGUUAAGCAGUGGAAGUUUGUUGCUCGAGUAAUUAUGAGCGCCUCUUCCCAGUGCUUCGUAGGAGAUGGCACUAUAAUAAUGGAGGAAUGCUUUAUGGAUUGC